UCCAAAGCCGGGACUACACGUCCUAUUUUUUUUUAUAACCAGCUCCAGGUCGCCUUUGUGUUCCUUUAAAAGCAGUUUACGCGGAUCCCGGACGGCGUCUAUCACCGCCAGAGCUCGUUUUAUGGCCCCUUUCUAGGUUGGCCCUCAGCAUGAAGCGGCUGUAGCUGCUGCAGCGCCGCGGCAACGGGUCGCUGCGUGGCGGUUUCCGGUGUCCGUUCGUCUGCUGGAGGAUGGCGUCCGGCUUCGACCGCAUCCUCUCCGCCGCCGGUCCUCCCGAGUACCGAAAGCACGCACGGUUACCGAGCGCAGACCGGAGACAGCGUUGAGGGGCGUCGAUGAGCAGCUCCGGUUUUUUCUCCAGAUACCCGAGGAACCCUGAACUGUCCACCAGAGGCCCGCCUCUCAUUUCUCCAGCUACAUCCAUCCCUGGGCCAGAUUUGGGAUUUAAUCCUCCCCCCUCUGAGCGCUGAUCUCCCUGCAUCCACGGUGGAAGGAUGACGGAGGCAUGGCAGCAGCAGCAACAGCAGCAUGCAGUGGCUCCACCCUCCGUUGUACACACUCUCCCACAGGCAGGCGACAACUCUCUGAGCUGCACCGUGUAUGGGGUGGUCCUGCAGCCCGACGCCUCCCUGCAGCCCCAGCACCCCCAGCAGCAUGUCGUUCAAGCCCAGCAGGCCUCCCUGCAGGUAGGGGCCGACAGAGGGCACAAGUGCGGAGCCUGCGGCCAUGACAUUUCCCACCUGGCCAAUCCUCACGAGCACCAGUGCAUGGUGACUCAGGACCGAUCAUUCCAGUGCACGCAGUGCAUGAAGAUCUUUAGCCAGGCGACCGACCUGCUCGAGCAUCAGUGUGUGCAGGUGGAGCAGAAGCCUUUCGUGUGUGGCGUCUGCAAGAUGGGCUUCUCGCUGCUCACCUCUUUGGCCCAGCAUCACAACUCGCACGGGAACAAUCCCAUGAAGUGCUCCAUCUGCGAGAAAACCUACCGGCCGGGUUCUGGGAACGUCACGCCGACCUCGUCGGCCGCCAACCCCCAGCAGCCCGCCGGCGGAGAGACGUCCGGCGGCGGCGCCGUCAUCAGCGCCUCGUCUCCGCCCACGUUCGAGGCCUCCGCGCCCGACAGGCCGUACAAGUGCUCGGUGUGCCACAAAUCCUUCCGACAUCUGUCCGAGCUGACGCGCCACGAGAGAGUCCACACCGGGGAAAAGCCAUACAAAUGUGACACGUGUGACAAAAGCUUCAGCCAGUCCUCGCACCUGGCGCACCACCAGCGCACGCACAGCUCCGAGCGGCCAUACAAAUGCGCCGUGUGCGAGAAGAGCUUCAAGCACCGCUCUCACCUGGUGCGGCACAUGUACGCCCACUCGGGCGAGCACCUCUUCAAGUGCAACCUGUGCGAGAUGCACUUCAAAGAGUCGUCGGAGCUGCUGCACCACCAGUGCCAGCCCGAGAGCGAGAGGCCGUUCCGCUGCGGCUCGUGCGGGAAGAGCUUCAAGAGGCCGUCCGACCUGCGGCAGCACGAGCGCACGCACUCCGAGGAGCGGCCUUUCCAGUGCGACGAGUGCCAGAUGAGCUUCAAGCAGCAGUACGCUCUGGUCCGCCACCGCCGCACUCACAAGAACCCGGCCGACCGGCCGUUCAAGUGCAACCUCUGCGACAAAGGCUUCCUGCAGCCGUCCCACCUGCUCUACCACCAGCAGGUCCACGGCAUGGAAAGCCUCUUCAAGUGCGCGUCCUGCCAGAAGUCCUUCAGCCAGUCGGGGGAGCUCCUGCGGCACAAGUGCGGCGGCGAGGUGGAGAAACCCUACAAGUGCGACGUGUGCGGCAAAGGCUACAAGAAGAACUCCACGCUGCAGCGCCACCAAAGCACCCACUGCUCAGAGAAGCCGCUCAAGUGCUCUCUGUGCGACAAGCGCUUCGUGUCGUCCUCCGAGUUCGUCCAGCACCGCUGCGACCCCACCAGGGAGAAGCCGCUCAAGUGUCCCGACUGCGAGAAGCGCUUCAGGUACUCGUCGGAGCUGCAGCGCCACCGCCGCGUCCACACGGGCGAGAAGCCCUUCAAGUGCGCCAACUGCGACAAGAGCUUCAAGCAGCGGGAGCACCUGGCCAAGCACCAGAGCGUUCACUCGCGGGAGACGCAGUUUAAGUGCGUGUGGUGCGGCGAGCGCUUCGUCGACCUGACGGCGCUGCAGGAGCACACGGUGCAGCACACUGCAGAGAACGAGAACUUCCCCGAAGCGCCCUGCAUCCAGUGAACUCAGAACGUGACAUUCGCCCCGAGGGUCCCGGGUCGCCGGCCUCGGCCGGGCCGGUCUUAGUCGAAACUCGCUCCCGUUUUGUCCGACCUUUAGGACUCGGCUCAUCCUCUCCCGUUCAGUGAGUCCGAGGCGCCGAGGGAAUCAGGAUCCCGCUUCGUUUUCCGCAACGAAACCUCCAGCAGAGAGAAAAAGAAGUGAUAUUUGGAUCGUGGGACGGUUUUCCUCUGUAACGUCUGGGACCGUAGUCUGUGGCUGCAUGUGGUUGUUUGUUUCGUAACCGUUGAAUCUGUUGUUGAGAAAGAAGGCUCCAGCUUCCAGACAGUCAUCCCAUUUGUGAGUGCUCUGUGUCGCUUCCCUCUUCAGUCCAUGUGCCUUUUUUUUUUUUGUUUUCUUUUUUUUUCUGCUCACUCGUUUAGUGUUUUUAUUUUAAUUUUUUAUUUAACGUCAUGUCUAGUGAAGCUGAAAGCUAACCCCCCUCCUCCUCCCCCGCCCCCCCCCCAAACAACAAUAGGUCCAGGCUAAAAUCAGCUGUUUGUGCAUGGAUACUUAUCUCACCUUAGUAUUGCUGUUAAGUUUGGUUUAUUUAGGACAACGUCCUCAGAGGAAGAGGAAAAGACUUCACAUGGACGUGUGAAACUGUAUAGCCCGUGUUCUAUAAAAUCUGUGUUGUUGUAUCUUUGUAUUAAAACAAAUGACGUGUAGGUAACUAACCCGCAUACCUACGCUGUCAUAGAAACACUUGACUUGUGCAAUAGGACAUGCACAGUGUAAUAUUUAUGACUACUGAUUCAUGGAAUAGUCUACUCUGGUAUAUUAUAGAUUGUGUGUAUACGCUCUGUAAACUCUGAAAACUGUAUAGUGCUUCUGUUACCUGCUUUUUUUAUUCACUCUUAAUGAGCUCGCUGUGCUCCGCAGGCAGCUUAGUUGCAUUUCCACCAGAAUUAUCACAAGGUUUAACCCCCACAAAGCAUUAUGUUGCUCACUUGCCACAGAAGUAGUUGCAUUAGUUUUAGAUUUAACAGAAGUUAUUGUUAUUAUUAUUAUUAUUAUUAUUGUUAUUAUUUGUUUUUAAGAAUUGGCCUUGUAUUGUUUCCACAGAAUCCUAGCCUGCUCCUGGUCCAAACAAGACGUAACAAUCUGAGUAAAACUUGCCACUUAUGUGUUGGUUAAAGGAUAAAAAAAAAAGAAGAAAAAAAUAUGUGUACUUUAGUUUAAUGUGUGGAUUUCUAUAUUCUGUACAAUCUUUGCAGUAUAUUUAAAGGAAAGUUUUGGAGUAGAAGUCAUGGACUGAGGGGUUACAGGGUGGGAAGGGGUUAGAUGAGGUUGGGAUGCGACUGGGCCCCGGUCUGAAUCCUGGUGAGUCUGCUUCAAAAUCUCUCGUUGCAGUACGAGGAGGAGGAGGAGGAGGAGUGCAUUGAAGCAUAUGGAUAUCAUUAUAGACUCCUAUUCAUACUGUAUAUUAAAAUAAACCACCCUUAUAAUAAGUUGUGUGUCUGCAUUAAAACUAUUCAGAUAAAA